AUGGAGUACAAUUCAUUCCACAUUGCUGUAUUGCAGCUAAUAUCUGGCUGCGGGACACUGGAGAAGGCAGAAUUUGAGAGUAUUUUCGAACAAUUGAAGACCCAUUAUUCUGAGGAAUUGGACGUGUCCUCAGCCACUCCAGAAACAGUUAUUGAGACGAUUAAUGAGAAAAUCGCUCUAUUUGAUCUCUCAAUCCGCCUGGUGAGGUAUGAAUACACCGAUGAGGAGUUCUACAUUUACAUCUCAACGACAACCUCUCCGGAAAGCAAACUGCAGAAUCUCUACACAGAGGCGGAGAUUCAGUACUUCCCACUGCUGAUGAAGGAAAUUAUCACUUCAGAUGAGUACUGCAUCUCCUCAAUUAUGGCCACGAAUUUGAUCACGAGGCUCCCGAAGCCGAUGCCACAGACACGUUCGGUGGAAUUGCUGGACGAAUGGAAAUCCCGCGGAUAUUUCACUCAGAUUGGGGAGAAUGUCUUCCUCGGUCCCAGAGCAAUUGAGGAGUUUCAGGGCUAUAUAACGGCGAACUAUCAGGACUUUAUCAAGGCUUGCUUCCUCUGUCAGAAGACAGUUUUCAAGGAAUCGUCCUGCAAGACAUCCUCCUGUGAGGCUGUUUUCCACGCCACUUGCAUCAAUAGAUACCAUGAGAAAUCCCCCAACACUUGUAUCGCCUGCAAGAAUGAAUGGGCUUGAUGUGUAGACACAAAAA